AUGCUAGAGUGUGAUUGCCGUCGUUGUCAUAAAUGUGGCAAAUGUCGGGAUCAUGGUGCUCGUGCUGGUGCUCGCAAGGGUGCUGUAUCGGGUGUUUUGAGUAUAGGCGCCUUUGCUGGUGCCUCUGUUUUGCUUAUAGCCUUUUUGGGUCCGUUUGGUGCUACUGGUCUUAUUGUUGCAGUGAGUGGUGCUGCUCUUAGCACUGUUGGUGGCGCUGCUGUUGGUGCUGGUGCCGGUGCUGUUUUCGGUUCUGUUGGAGCCAAAUUUUGUGAAGCUGGCAUAUGCAAAUGUCGUGGCAAACGUCAAAAAAUGCUAUAG